GGAAGUCAGGUGAGCGGUGGCCAUUGCUGUGCAGCGUGUUCACCACUCACACUAUAUCCUUCUCUCUGCUGCAGUCGGUUUCACUCCUUCUGGAUUCUUGGGCCCUUUCCACUUUUGGUGGCGAAAUAAUUGAUAAGAAGACAACACCAUGAAGCUGAACGUGGCGUUCCCAUCCACUGGGGCGCAAAAGCUCUUUGAGGAGCACGAUGAGCACAAGUUGAGGAUCUUUUACGAGAAGCGAAUGGGGGCAGAGGUGGAAGUAGACAGCUUGGGAGAAGAAUGGAAGGGCUAUGUCCUCCGCAUCACCGGUGGAAACGACAAGCAAGGAUUUCCAAUGAAGCAGGGUGUUCUUUCAAAUGUCCGAGUUCGUCUUCUGUUGUCCAAGGGACAUUCCUGUUAUCGACCUCGCCGAACUGGUGAGAGGAAGCGCAAGUCUGUUCGUGGAUGCAUUGUUGAUGCUAACAUGAGUGUCAUUGCCCUCACUGUUGUGAAAAAGGGCGAGAAGGAUAUUGCCGGAUUAACCGAUGUCCAAGUUCCUCGACGUCUCGGACCCAAGAGGGCAUCUAAGAUCAGGAAACUCUUCAACCUGACCAAGGAAGAUGAUGUUCGCCAGUACGUUAUCAAACGACCGCUCCCUCAGAAGGAAGGCAAGAAACAACGGUUCAAGGCACCUAAGAUCCAACGACUUAUUACCCCCGUCAUGCUCCAGCGAAAGAGGCACAUUGUAGCAUUGAAGCGCCGUCGUGGAGAGAAGAGGAAGGCUGAGGCUGCCGAAUAUGCAAAGUUACUGGCUCAGCGCACCAAGGAGCGAAAAGAUAAGAAACAAGAAGAGGCACGUAGGAGGAGAUCAGCUUCUAAAUCAGAAUCUAAAUCUUCCGUCUCCAGUAAAUAAUUUUUUUAUGUUUGAUGUAAAAUUGGAACAUAUGAAAGGCAUCAUCAUCUGCCAAUAAAAAUGAUUCAUACUCCUUA